UAGUGUAUAAUGGGACGCGUCCGGAAAAAUACUAUUUAUUACCUAUGACAUUUUUAUGAUAAUUAAUUUUAUAUAAGACUGCUGCAAUUGGAUACAAGUCCGGUGGCAAGCAUCCACCUUAUUUGCAGGUCACCUCCUUAGCGCAGUCGGAUGCACACCGGCUUGCGGUGCGAGGGGUUCUGGGUUAGAGUCCCGGUUAUUGGCAAAAUGCAGUUGGAAGGUUCUACAGUAUGUAUGCCCCUUAUUUUGUUGAGCCUGUCUUCAAGAAGGAGAAACAAGAGCAGCUGAAAGAAGAUGGCGAGUUGGAUAAAAUAACUCAUGUGCCAAUCAGAGCAGCCUUGAAUGAUCAGACUUGUUCUGUUUUCCAUGAUGAACUAGUAAGAAAGUUUACUAAUUAUGUAAUGAAAUCUGGACAGAAGGCACUGGCACGUGAGUUAGUUGAAAAGGCGUUUGAAAAUGUCAAGCGAAUCCAGUUGGAACGUUACAACACAUGUCCUAAUCCAGAGGACAAAGAACAGAUUGAGACAAACCCCCUCAAUGUCAUGUACAAGGCUGUGGCGAAUAUAAAACCACUGCUGCAGCUUUCCCCAAUCAAACGAGGUGGAGUUACUUAUCAGGUUCCUGUUCCAAUAACUGAGAAGCGCUCAAACUUCAUUGCGAUGAAGUGGCUCAUUGAAGCUGCCAAUGACAAGGAACGCAGAGUCCAUUUCCCUGAGAAAUUAGCUUGGGAAUUGUUAGAUGCAGCGAAAAAUCAAGGUCGAGUAGUCAAGAAAAAGCUGGAUCUGCAUCGGCAGUGUGAAGCGAACCGUGCCUAUGCACACUACCGAUGGAGCUGAAGCAAGUCUUCAAGGGAAAAACACCGUCAUGAAGUUUUUUUUCUGUGGACUGCUAGAGUUAAAAAAGUUACUCUCCACUUUGUGGUGCAUUAAUAAAGAAGCAUAGAUAAUCCAGUGGUAUGAGAUCUGAAUGGAUAUCAAAAUGUUUCUCUGACACUUUUUUUUUUUCAAUCUGUUAAUGGUUUGGAAGUUUACAAAUUUAUUGUAAAUUACUGAUAACUAAUUAAGAUAAUUAUGCAAUAAUGUACAUAUUUAUUAUUAAAGUUCUUCUAAAUUUGCAAAAAA